GAACUCUCUGUAGUUUUACUACAGUAACACAGUACAUAACUACAAAGUUUUAUGAACCAAAAAAAGCAGCCACAUUCCAAAGCACCUCCCAUCCACCAACACCAUUUUCAGAAAGAGUCUGCUCCCCCAGAAGAAGAAGAAGAAGAAGAACCACCCGAUAGCUCUCUGUAUUCCGAAGUCUUUGGCUUUUUGUGGAAUUUCUGGCAACAAUGGACCCAGUGGUACUGGACAACAUUAUCAACAGGCUAUUGGGGUAUAGGCAGGUGCGGGCAGGGAAGCAGGUCCAGCUCAUGGAGACCGAAAUCCGCCAGCUCUGCACUGUUUCCAGGGAAAUAUUCCUCCAGCAGCCCAAUCUUCUGGAGGUCGAAGCCCCCAUCAAGAUCUGCGGUGACAUUCAUGGACAAUAUCCUGAUCUUUUGAGGCUUUUUGAGCAUGGGGGUUUCCCUCCCAAUGCCAAUUAUUUAUUCCUAGGGGACUAUGUUGACCGUGGCAAGCAUAGUUUGGAAACAAUAUGCCUUUUGCUUGCCUAUAAAAUCAAGUAUCCUGAGAACUUCUUCCUCUUGAGAGGGAAUCAUGAAUGUGCAUCAAUUAAUCAGAGAUAUGGAUUUUAUGAUGAAUGUAAACGCCGGUUCAAUACAAGACUUUGGAAAGUUUUUACCGAUUGUUUCAACUGUCUUCCGGUGGCGGCGCUCAUAGACGAAAAAAUAUUGUGUUUGCAUGGUGGCCUUUCUCCCUUUUUAACAAAUUUAGAUCAAAUCAGGGAGUUACCUCGUCCAUCUGAUGUUCCUGAUUCUGGUUUGCUUUGUGAUUUGCUUUGGUCGGAUCCUGAUGGAGAUGUCAAAGGCUGGGCAAUGAACGAUCGCGGGGUCUCUUACACUUUUGGUGCUGAUAGCGUCUCAGAAUUCUUGAUGAAGAAUGACAUGGACCUUGUUUGCCGUGCCCAUCAGGUUGUUGAGGAUGGAUAUGAAUUCUUUGCUGAUAGACAGCUUGUUACAAUAUUCUCUGUUCCAAACUAUUGUGGUGAAUUUGAUAAUGCUGGAGCUAUGAUGAGUGUUGAUGAAAGCCUAACUUGUUCUUUUCAAAUCCUUAAGCCUGCAGAUACAGGCGUGAGUACAUAUGAACAGAGCCAAUGAUGACUUCAUGGAGUUCAGUCCAGCCUUCAUGAAUACCAUCAGUCUUAAGAAUUCUUGGGGGGAAUAAACAUCAUUUAUGUACAUUGAACACAUCUUUCUAGAAAAUAGUCAUAACAAUGUUCAUAAAUGUCGUUAGCAAAGUUCAUGUACAUGGUGUUUUUCAUGCAAGUAAAUAAUUACGUGAGUAUUAUGUAUGUAUGAAUUCGUUGUAUAAGUGGUAGGCAUAUCAACUGCAGGUUAUAAAUUUUUUUU